CAGAUCGGAGCGGCCCGUCUGAGCAUGUGCGGGGCCACCUCUCCAGCCCCUUUGUAGACUGGCAGGCUUCGGGUGCCUGUGGUGGCUGUGGCGCUGGCGGCGCUGGAUCUGAGCCCUUGAGCUGGAGUGCGAUAGGAGCUGGGGGAGUCGAGCGGGGAGCUAGGGCCAAGAGGCUUGUUCGGCAGCGCGCCCGCCAGGGGGCACCAAAAGUCGCCUCUAGCUGUCUCCGCCGCACUAAGGAGACUGGUACCAGACCCAGGUUGGCCUCACAAAGCAGAGGGAGGGAGCGCAGUGAACAGGCAGGGAAGGAAAGAGCGGGCGAACCAUCCAGAGAACGAGAGAUCGCUCAUCCAAGAGCCAGAGCCAGAGCCGGACCUGGGGCUGGAGCUGCAGCUGCUGAAGCCAUAAUCCCCGGAGCAGGUGCAGCCAAGAGGCAGGGACUACUGCCCCUCCGAGGGCUGCCCCCCAAGAUGCCUGGCAUUAUGGUGAUCCUGGCGUGGUGUUUUCUACAAGUGGACAGCCGGCACGCGGAGGUGCUCACCGGACACAACAAUGGCAAUUUCUUGGACAGUGACAAAUGGCUGAGCACUGUCUCCCAGUACGACAGGGACAAGUACUGGAACAGAUUCCGUGAUGAAGUUGAGGAUGAUUACUUCAGGAACUGGAAUCCAAACAAGCCCUUUGACCAAGCUCUAGACCCAUCCAAAGAUCCCUGCUUGAAUGUGAAGUGCAGUCCCCAUAAAGUGUGUGUAACUCAUGACUACCAGACAGCUGUGUGUGUGAGCCGAAAGCAGCUGAUGCAGAGUCUUAGGCAAAAGAAGGGGAAUGUGGCCCACAAACACUGGACUGGACCUUCAAAUAUAGUCAAGUGCAAGCCAUGCACAGCUUCAGCACACAACAGUCUUGUCUGUGGCUCUGAUGGCCACACCUACACCUCCAAGUGCAAGCUGGAGUUCCAUUCCUGUUCCUCCGGAAAAGGCUUCGUGGCCCAGUGUGAGGGACCUUGCCCAUGCCUCCCAGAACCGGAACCUCCCAAGCACAAGACAGAGAAGAACAGCUGCACAGACAAGGAGUUGAGGAAUCUUGCUUCCCGGCUAAAAGAUUGGUUUGGAACUCUUCAUGAGGAUGCGAAUCAUGUCAUCAAGCCCACUAGCUCAGAUCCAGCACAAAGCAGGUUUGACACAAGCAUUCUGCCUAUCUGCAAGGACUCUCUGGGAUGGAUGUUCAACAAAUUGGACAUGAACUAUGAUCUCUUACUUGACCACUCAGAGAUCAAUGCCAUUUACCUUGACAAGUAUGAACCAUGCAUCAAGCCCCUCUUCAAUUCUUGUGACUCCUUCAAAGAUGGAAAACUCUCAAACAAUGAAUGGUGCUAUUGUUUUCAGAAGCCCGGAGGUCUCCCUUGCCAGAAUGAAAUGAACAGGAUUCAGAAGCUAAGCAAGGGGAAAAGCCUGUUGGGGACAUUCAUUCCCCGCUGCAAUGAUGAAGGAUACUACAAAGCCACCCAGUGCCAUGGGAGUACAGGACAGUGCUGGUGUGUGGAUAAAUAUGGAAAUGAGCUGGCUGGCUCUAGGAAACAAGGAACUGUGAACUGUGAAGAAGAGCAAGAAACCUCAGGGGAUUUUGGCAGUGGGGGUGCUGUGGUCCUCCUGGAUGACCUAGAAGAGGAACAUGGAGGGGCACGAAAGGACAAAGAUGGGAAACUGAAAGUUCAUGUAAGGGCAACGAAUGAAGAUGAUGAAGAUGAAGAUGAUGACAAGGAGGAUGAGGUUGGCUAUAUAUGGUAGUCCCCUCAGGGCAAAGGACGUGUGUGUUUUGCACAAUAUCACAAGUCCCUCACAUCUCAACAAUUGUAUCUAAAACCAUUAGGUACAAAAUGUCUCUUCUUCCACUGUUCUUUUCUGUGCCCUGUUUAUAAUUUGGAAGAUAGCUCUCCUUCCUUCCCAAUUGCUCCAAUUAUGAGUAUGGCUAUUUUGGGGACAUGGAUUUUUUUUUCUUUAGGCUAGGGGACAACUGACUUCACUUACACAAAGUCUCAUGCUGCUGGCUUCCUUUCUCCCCCUUCAGGAGAACUUCUCUCAACAAUUAUGUAGUUUAUAUGAAAUUCUCACCCAGGAGGGAGCCAGGUACUCUGGAUGAAAUGAACCCUGUUUUGCUUGUCCACACUGGUAGUUCAUUUUAGCAAAAAAAAAAAUUUCUAGACCUGCUUGCAAUGGCUGGCUGCGUUUUUUGUGUACUGAAGAUGAUAUGGGGAAAAAUGAAAUGCCUCACUGGAAUCUUCCCUCUUGCUUCCCCCCCACACCCCGGCCGGCAAAAUGCUUAAUAUUUAUCAUUACAGAUUGAUUCUCCUCUGCAUAGCUACUUCUGGCUUUCUAAAAACAAUGGCCUUAAUUCUGCCAAGAGCCCCUUUGGGGAGCCAUUCUCUUUGCUAUGGAAUGGUUGCCAGAUGCCUGUCUCUCUCUAUAUUUAUGUAUGUAUAUAUAUAUAUAUAUAUCGAUAUAUUUGAGUGCCUGUGUGUGACACACACAUGCAUACUCAUACCCCUAUACAGGAAGAGAUGGUUGUUUAGAAUCAUUGGAGAACACAGCUGAGAAGUAAUUAAGAUGCCAGCCUGUCCAAGACAACUGCUAUUUCCAGAAGGAAAAAUAUGAAAUCUGUGUAGAAACUGCUUUUGCAUUGAUAGUUGGCACUUGUAACCUGCAGGCUGACGCAGUUUCUUCUCUCAGGCACCAGCAGGGCUGUUGAAAGUCUCUUUGAUUUUGAUAAGCCCCAGACUGCCUAAACAACUUCUCCUGCAGAAGCCAUGGAAUUCUCACUCUAUUCAGCGUCCUAAGCUGUCUCUUUCAUAUCAUCUCACAGACUUCCUUAGGCAACUAACUGUCUUGUUUACUGCCUCUCUUUUCCUCCAAUUCCUCCUACAGGGCUUUUCUAAGGCAUAUCUAAUGCUCUCUUAAAAAAAAAGAUACAGUAUCACAAUAUUUCAUUAGCAGAUGGCAAUAGAAGAUUUUGAGUUCAGUUUUGCAUUUGACCUGUUCCUCCAGCAAAGACAAGAUCAUGUUCUACAAACAACUUCAUAUACUUUUACCAGUGAAGACUUGUGGACCAAAGAUAUGACUGUGCCCAGUCUUCUAAGGACCUUUGCUUUAAUUGGACCCAGAGUAGGGCAGUGGUUAUUAUACUCAGCAUACUCUGGAGAGGUUGCAGCUUUUUUAAGUAUAAGGGCCAAGGUAGUAUAGCUUCACGUAGAAUGCCGUGAGGUUUGCUAGGCAUUGAAAAUUUGCCAGUGGCUGUCCUCUAGACCCCUUGGGAAGGAAACCAAGGGUUUGGGGCUUUAAAAAAAGAGGGGAGGAUUCCACCCACUCUGACCAAACUGUAGCCUUUGUUCCUGUAUGAUCUAGCUUAAAGAUUGAGAUUGGAGUAUUAGGACUAGACCUGAUGCUGAACAUUUUUGCCCUUAUUGCAUUUCAUGAGGAAGUAAAAUUCUUAGGAGCAAAAAGCUUAUCUAAAGGAUAUCCUGGCUUCUAUAUUAUAAAUAUGCAAUCCACAAAAGGAUGCUUCAGGCAGUUUCUUGCCACAUUGAUGUCUACUUUUAAGAAAAAGAAAUAAUAAGAAUAUAUACUGUUCUUAGUGUCUCAAAUUUCAUUUAUGCCCCUGCCCCCAGUAGUGUUGGUGAUUAUCUUUGAAUGCUCAUCCCCAGAAGGAUUUUCUCUCUGUAGGAUUGAUAAUAGGUUUCAUUCACACUUUGCCAAAAAAAAAAAAUCAAAAGAUAGUGAAUCAAAAAGCGAUCUUCAUGACAUCUUCACAAAACUGGGGUUGUAAUUAAGGAGUAAAAGAUUAAUUUGAAGAAUUGAAUUUUAAUACCUUAUUUUUCUUUCUUAGAUACAAAUGAACUUAGAUUUCUAAAUCUAGAAGUCCCUUCUGUAUGUAUUACUUUUCCCGACCUGAGUUUUUAUGAAAUUUUAAAAUCUCCACAAGUGGGCAGAAGGGGAUUACUAAUGCCAUGUGCUUAUUGUAAACCCUGCAAAUCUUCAUCCCAUUCAGUCCUUAAAAUUUCCCUCUCCCUUCCUCUUGCAACAGGGCUGGUCAAAGGGGUUUGAAAGCCUUUUAAGUAAGGUUUUCUUUCCCCCAUCAAUGACUUUCUUUUGACAUAGCCUUAGGCAGUUUCAUGGCCAUAUUCUUCCCCAGUUGAAAGUGUUUGCUAUAUUUUUAUCAAUUCAACACCUUGUUUUAUGAGGAAACUAUUUGGCAAAUGAAGUCAAUACACCCUUUGAUGAUUUGCCUCCCUCUUCACUUGUGGCCUAGGCUAUACUACUGCAUUCAAUCAGCUUGGUCAAAAAUUUGGUCACUAUGAUAGAAUUGGCUAGCCUUUUCCCCCACUGAAUUGAAUGAUUUUUUUUUAAUUAAAAAGACUCAUUAUUUUGGCACUUUGUAUACACGGCAUGAAACUGGAAAUUUACUUUGCCAAUCCCAAAUGGAUAGACUGACACCAUAACGUCCAUGUUAUCUCUUACUGAUUAUGAACAUAAUUGAUUCAGCUACUGAUGUGUGAGAACCAAGAACAGGGAGGUCAUACAUCUGCUGUUCUAGAUACAAUUUGUCUUGUUAUAUGUCUCAUAAACUGCAGGGACAGGAAGCUUCUGUUAGAAAAUCACAACCAAGCAGAGUCUUAAGAUCCAAUAGACAUUUUUUCUGUUUCAAGUGAAUUUUAUUUGACCGAGGCUUUGAACUCAGAGUUUGGAAACAGCAGCAUAAUUGCAGUUAAUUUACUAAAAUUGUUAAUUUAAUGAAAAUGUAUCCCCUAAAAAUUAAAAAUGCAUGAAAAAACUUUCAAUCUAAACUAUAAGAGAAAAUCGUUGUUAAUAACUCCAACUAGCUCUGAAAAUGCACCAGAGAACUCAUUAGGAUUGGCACAUUGAUUUUGCUUAGAGAAACUUUUAGGAACAUAGUGAACUACUGAUUUUAAUUUACCUAAUUAUCUUAUGACAAGUAUCAAAUUAAGAUGACACUCAGAGCUCCUUAACAUUAACUUAAUGAUGGAUAAGAGAGCACUGUGGAAAAUUUGUAGCAAGGUAAUGAUGCUCAAUUUUUGGAGAUGCUCUAAGAAGAUAUUUUGACUCAUUAGAAUCUUAAAUACAAAACUAUUCCUGUGGUUAGAGCAAAGCUCAGUAACACUAUUCUUGAUCAACUUUGUCAUGGCAAUGUCAGGUUUCUGAAAGGCUUUUUUAUCACUUUCAUUAAAAACUACAAUUUGUUUACGAGCCUCAAUUCUGAGACUUGAAGAAGUGUCUGUUUCAUCAUCUGAGGCAAAAGUCAGGCUUUGCCUUUUGUCAUUAGGACCCUUAGAAUUCCAUCACCAUGAUUAGGUACAUUUGAAAACUCCAGAUAUCCAGUGAUGAUCUUGAUGAUACAAUUCCCCAUUUUCCUACUAGAACCAAUUUCCAAGUCGCAUCCUAAUGUGGUUAUGUAGAAAUUCCUUGUGAGCUGUGAAGAGAUCUUAAAUAUUUAAUGUUUCUUUUUUCACUUCCAAUUCAAAUCGAAAUUUUCCAUUUGGGAAAAAUAAUUGCUGUGUCUCUUGCCUCUAUAAACCUGGCUUCAAUUUCAGUGUGUUUCUGGCUUGGAAAUGUUUUAAUACUGUAUUUGGAGUUUUAUAGCAAUUCCUCCCUUGCACUCUUUUCAACAUACCUUGCUUCCCUACCCCUACAACCACCAUGCAACAAAUAAUAUGAAAUUGACAGCUGUCUCUCACCACAGGCCAUCAAAUUGGUACAUUGUAUCUUUCCUUUACGUCUUUCCCAUAUGCCAUUCAUGUUUGUUUGAUGCAUCAACUGCACUGUACAAUAACAUCCAAGAAACCUUUCUUUCUACAGUGGGUGGUUUUGGUCUUUUUAUACUUUUUUCUCAAUGCUGCUGACAUUUGUUCUUGUUUAAUGUGUAGUGUUGUAAGGGGAAUAUCACCCAAAUAAUGAGUGUGUCAGUUGGCUGUCACUACUGUAGAUGCAAUGUAGAUGAUCAUAGUAAAGUAGAUUAACAUAGUGAAUUUUGAAUGCUUUUCCAUACAGAUUUUCCUGGAAUGUGAACACUUGCCUAACCUCCUUGGUUAAUUGUAAAUGCUUAAUUGUAGUCCUGAAUAGUUGCAUUUCUGUCUGUCUCAAUAAAUUUGAAUUUGUC